AUGUUCCUACAAUGUCCUUCUGUGGUGCGAGGCUCUAAACACUUUUCUCAGCACAUGAGCGAUUUCAGUUCUGGAAGCCAUCAGAACACGGACAAUUUCAGCGAUCUCUGGUUGGAGUCCAAUACUAGUCAGGAUUCGUACUUCGGUCAAUCUAGUCGACUAAAACUUGCCCUUCUGGAUUACAAGCAGUUCAACGCUGCAAGGACUAUUCAGAGUCAUGUGAGGGGAUUCUUGGCCAGAAGGAAUCGUAAAAGGCAGAUCGAUGCUGCCACCACCAUUAGCAAGUGGUGGCGUGGCUUCUGGGUGCGCCACUCAAAGUUCUCCUUUAUGCAGCAGCUGUUACAGCAGAGGAUCAUCCAGUAUCACCACGAUAUGGCCACCAAGAUCCAGGCGCUGUUCCGCGGAUGGAUGACUCGCCAGUACUUCCAGGACUUCCAGGGCAUGAAGUCGCUCCGAAUACAGUAUGUGGAAGAUAUGCUCAGUUCGCUUUACAGAAAGGUCCACAGAAUGCGCAAGGAGCAUAUGCUACCAGGCAUUUAUGCAUUAAGGGAAUCUGACUUACUAAGUAAGAUCGAGGACCUUUCUAGUACCUUUGGCUAUCGCUUUCAUAACGGCCGUGUGCGAGCAGCCAUUGCCAUGAAGCGAUCCUUCAUAAACGACCGGCGACAUGAGUUCCGAAAGGGAAAUACUUAUUCCAAAGUGCCUUAUCCGGGACCCUAUAUAGAAAACAUAAACGACUUAGAGUUUACCUUGCCAAAGCGAUUGACACCGCGUUUGCAGCGUACGAUUCUGGUAUAUGACAAGGCAAUGAGGGAUAAGAAUGUGGAGAAGGUGUAUAUGAACUAUUCAACAAAACGUCGUAUGAGCAUGCAUGUCAUGCGAGAGAAUAUGCGAAAUCGUUUUUGCAAAGAUUUUGUAAAGCGUUUGGCAAAAAGGAACAAGACACGAAAUGCACAGGAUCGUAAUAUUAAAUUCUAUCUUGAUGAUCUUCUAACGACCGCUGAUGAAUAUAAUUGUUUUUGCAAGCCCCAGGUAAAAGACGAUAGCUUGUGCCAAUAGGUUGUCUCAGUAAUUAACUUUCCAUAAGACACUGAGUGCUGGGAAAAUCUAUUUUCACAUUCGAUCUGUUUUACAUUAUGGGCUCUUCAAAUUGUGAACCUGUAUUGAAAAUAGUUGAUGCAUUAGCAUGCAAAAUAAAUUAAAGUUACAUACGAGUAUGAAAAACUA